UUAUGUGUGAAGAGAUUGAUGACCAUGAACUUGCCACAGCGUGCUGUAAUGCCAAACUCAGCCAUGUGUGUAAUGCAACCAGGCAUUCAAUUAACAGACCGCCCAGUUAGUUACUACCUCACUUCACCCUCAGCUUCCUCCUUUCCGUCCUUGAUGACACGGAAUGACCGUCAGUCCGGAAACAAAACCCUUUGAGCUUAAAAGCCAAAACCGCCUACAUGAUGAAUUUGGUCAAAUAGUGGACAUAAGAAAUUUACUAUAUUAAAGUUACAAGAUACCAGAGGUAUCACAGAGCGUUUCUACCCAUCAGCCUUUACAUAACCAGAGCAGAGGUACAGUAAUGGAAAAUCCCAGUCCCUGACACUGCAAACACAAUAAGGCCAGUGGGCCAUUAACACUCAGCAUGGAAAGAACAAUACGAGAUUAUACUUUUGCUUGUGUUUAUAUGUUAAAAUCAAUGGAUUGAAAUGUCAUCUAAUGGAGCGGCAACACAACAUUAGGAAGCACUCUGAAGCAGCAGUACUUCAAAAACAAGCACUAAGGACAUUUUAUAGUUCCUUUCCAAAAAUCACAACAAUAUCACAGCCCAUAAAUCAGACACAACAAUAAAAAUGGGCCAGGAAGUAAUGAGGUGUGCGUCGAGGAUCAGAUUCACAGAGUUAAAGCACGAGCUGUUUGUUUGCCAAGCCACCUUCUGCCCAUGUUUCCCCACAUUCUGUCUGCAGAAGUGAAGAGCAGGGAGAUGCGUUGAUUCAGCGUCUCUGGUCCCACGGCUCAUAUUUAACGGCCUUUGUUGGGUUGGCUCGCAUCUCGUUAGCUUCUUCAUGGGGUUUGUAACGUGGGGACUUCACCUGUUGCCCAUUGCUGCUUGUCAGGUUGUCAUUCAUUCUAUCUGUCUAUAAAUUGUGUGUUUAUCUUCAAACGUUCCUCAGAAGCGCUGAAUGAUCUACAGGUUGUGGUUGCUGUUCUAUAACUAAAGGGCCUUAACAUCCUGUUUCUGUAAAUCCGUUAAAUCCCUGCAACCUCUGAGUCCUCGCUUGUUUAUGUCGCUGUCUCGUUGGACAGAAAUGCUGGCCUCACAGGGUCCUGGGCAACUUUCCAAAAAGCAUCAAAAUGCAGAGGACAUGGAUACAUUUUAUGAAAUUAUCACAGAUUAACAGUUCCUAAGAGGCAACACAUGCCAGAAUCACUGUAUACUUACUAUGCUGUUUUAUUUGCAGUUUUUCAGGCAAAAGUCACUUUGAGCCUUAAAAAUCCCCCAUGGCAUUUUAUGUAAUGUGGGUUAGUUUAUUAUUUCACAUACUCAGUCCAAAUAUCAAUGCAUUCCAGGGAAUGUAUUUGUGUCUUGAUCAAUAUUUAAUGUGUCUCUGAGCUCAGCAAGUCCCACAGGUAAAGAGUCAAGGAACAGAAAAAGGCCGCGCCUCAUCACUCAGCGACAGUGAAUGCCUCAUGGUAACAGACUGCAGGCUCCUCACAUGCGUUGUGUUUGGGCUUGAUUCUCCCUCUGGGGCUUUCACGGGGGCUGCGCCCUGCUGUAAUUUGUUUUGCUGCGCAUGAAGGACAAUGGCUUUACGUACAGCAAGGUCGCUAGCAUUGCAGACCCUUGCAGUGGUAACACGUGACUCUGAGAUGAUGGGAGCGGAGAACGGGGCCGCUAAUGGAUCCUCCGGGGAGGAAAAGCCCAGUGCAGCGACGGCAGCUGGAUUCAUGUAUCAGGCGAACUGUAAAUGAAGGCAUUCGCUGCCCUCUGUCACCGCUCUUAUCUGAUGCUCUUUCUUUCACUUUUUCCUCUCCAUCUGCUGCCGCUGAACCCCAUUUCUGUGUAUCGCUUCAUCUUAUUCCAUCUUAUCUACCCAGGCCCCACUGUGACAUAUCAACUUUUCCCAUUUUCAUCUCGCUAUCAUUCCAUUCUGCCCCCCAUAAGCACAGUGCAGCCUUACAGUUUAUGCUGUGUACUGUAUACACCUGUUAUUCCUGGCAGUGGUUUCUCUGCCCUUGCUUAAAAAAGAUUAAGAGAGAGCUUAAUCUUUUUUUUUUAUCAUUAACACAAUCAUGGUCUUGCUGACGUUUGCAUCGUUUGUCCCAAUCCUGAUGUAAUGUAUGCAGCAUGCAUCAGCCCAUGCAUUACUGGUGUUAUCCUAACUACGCCUGCCAAUGGCCCCUGGGUGUUUCUCUGUAAUAAGCCCUACAUUCACAUGCUGUGAUUUGUAGGCAGUUCACAGGGAGGCCUCAAAGACGGCAGCUGAUGUUCUGUCUCCCUCGGAUAAAUACUGGGCAAGGUUGAGGAAUAUGGCAGAUGCUGCACUCACACUGUGGCACCUUAAGUGUGCAUUUACCACGUGAUGAUACAGGUUCCUUUACACUGCAGGUGCAUGGACUCUGCGUUUGAUGAAAACCACUGCAGUAGCUCAGCUUUCGCCCACCGGUGUGGUGUUGCCAGGCCAUUGUGGGAAUGUUCAUUAGUCUUUCUAAUUGGCUGGCGAUAGAAUAUCUUGAGCAGAUUUUAACACCUGGAGGUUACCUGCCUGCCAGGAGAAAGGCAAUCAGUUGACAUCUCGUAUCUAAUUUCAUUAAUAUUAAUGAAGACGUUGUUCCACUGUCACCAGAGUAAUUAAAAAGGCAACACGGAUAACAUCACACAAGCUGUGUGUGAGUGUGAGGCCACAAGUGCACUUGUUUUUAUGUUAAGAACAUUGUUGAAUGAUGUCAAGAUUAACCCUUGGAUGGAUUCCUGAGCAGACAAAAGGCACCAGCCUCUGUGGCUUCAGCAAUAAUGAGUGAUAGGCCACAAAGGGAAAAGACAAAUAAGCAGUAAUGGACAAACAUUAAAUGCUUGAAAUGCAAAUCGUCCUGCAGUACAUGUGCUUCCUGUCUUUCAGGGUGGGCUGGGCAGGUCGCCACUGGCAGUUAUGGGCCCUAUGGAGAAAAUUCGCGGUCCGGCCCUACGAUUUAUUAAUAGUACUGACCACUACCUCCUACAGUACUUUCCCUGGUUGUUGAAGUUGGUUAGACUGCGAAACUUGUAAUAAACUUGUAAUUAAGGUUGUGAUUCCAAUCUAGCUGCGUGAUGAAUUAUUUGUUUUGAUGAUAACAUAUCCGUAUUCAGGCAAAAUUACAUUCAUUUAUUUUAGAAUCGUCCAAACCAACGGUGCCCGUGGGACUGGAUGUUGCAUUAAAUUCUAAAAUCAGUGGGCCUUUGUGUGAUGCUGGCGUACCCACAUUUGUGCUCAUACGUCUACAGGGUCUUUGCCAGCGGCCAUCUCUGGUUUCAUUCUCCAAAAGCUCCAUGAGCUCUUUCACAGAUCGGGCCCUUCUCUGGUGGGAAAUGCCAUGGUAACAGAGCUGGCAGGAGCUGACCUCUGCCGCAACAGCACAUGCACACAGUGCUCCGAUACACACACCCGUUGGUGCUAGAGCUCCCCAGAAUGGGACGACUGACAUGCUGCCCCCCCCCCCAACGGCCUCAGGGCCUCACUAGUCGGAGCUGAGUAGCAAUCAAAGCAGAGACAGGUCGAACUUUAUUAGCAACCACUCGAUAGCAGCAGCGGGAACAGCCACAGAUCCUGCAAAACGCAGUUGGUGGACUGCAAAUUCAAAAAAGGCUUUUGCAGCAGCUGGUAUUUUAUGGCUUGUGUCGAGCCUGGAGAUUUGGCUUGAAGCUGUUUACAGCUGGCGCAAGAAGGCUUAAGAUUCGGGACUUGAGAACUGCUGGUGUGAUAAAGUGAAGCUGGCAAAGUGACGAAGGACUUUGGAAGUCUCUCAGCUCUUCUUCUUCUUGAUCGCUGAGUGCCACCACGUUGUCCUGAUUGUGGCCCAUCGAGCUCUAAACCUUGAUUGAAAGCAGCAGGUGGGCUGUCGCAGCCCGAGGACCACACGGCCCGUUGACCCGACCGUGUUCCCACCAUGGGCAAGACUGGGCAGAGUACAGUGGACCUGAACUCCCCCACAGAGGUCAAGCAAGCUGUGCCGUUUGAGGAGCUGGAUCCUGUGACGCCCCCGGCGAAGAAGAAGAAGAAGAAGAAGGAGGAGCCGCCUGACAGGGGGAGCUGGAAGGGACGCUUUGAUUUUCUGCUGUCGUGUGUGGGCUACGCCAUCGGUUUGGGGAACGUCUGGAGGUUCCCUUAUCUGUGCGGCAAGAACGGAGGAGGGGCCUUUCUCAUCCCAUACUUUCUGACCCUGGUGUUUGCUGGCAUCCCCCUCUUCUUCCUGGAGACGGCUCUGGGACAGUUCACCUCCGUCGGAGGGCUGGGAGUGUGGAAACUCAUCCCCAUGAUGAAAGGUGUGGGUCUGGCAGCAGUGGUUCUGUCCUUCUGGCUCAACAUCUACUACAUUGUCAUCAUUUCCUGGGCCCUCUACUACUUAUUCCACUCCUUCGGAUCGGAGCUGCCGUGGCAAAGCUGUAAUAACCCCUGGAACACGGAGAAAUGCUUCUCCAACUACAGCCUGACGGACACCACCAACCUGACCACUGCCGUGACGGAGUUCUGGAAGCACAACAUGCACCAGAUCUCCAGCGGUCUGGAGGAGCCAGGGGAGCUGCGCUGGCCCCUGGUGGGCACCCUGGGCCUCGCCUGGGUCCUCGUCUACUUCUCUAUCUGGAAGGGAGUGGAAUGGACGGGGAAGGUGGUGUACUUCUCGGCCACCUAUCCCUACUUCAUGCUGCUCAUCCUCUUCUUCCGUGGGGUCACCCUCCCCGGAGCCGUGGACGGGAUCCUCUUCUACAUUACCCCAGACUUCCACAAGCUCAUCAAGUCGGAGGUGUGGCUGGAUGCGGCGACCCAGAUCUUCUUUUCCUACGGCCUGGGCCUGGGCUCGCUCAUCGCCCUGGGCAGCUACAAUCCCUACAACAACGACGUGUACAGGGACUCCAUCAUCGUGUGCUGCAUCAACUCCUGCACAAGCAUGUUCGCCGGCUUCGUCAUAUUCUCCAUCGUCGGCUUCAUGUCGCACAUCACUAAGAAGCCUGUGCAGGAAUUAGCAGCGUCAGGCCCAGGUCUGGCAUUUUUAGCUUAUCCUCAAGCCGUCAGCCAGCUGCCAAUGUCCUCUCUGUGGUCCAUCCUCUUCUUCUCCAUGCUUGUGAUGCUGGGCCUGGACAGUCAGUUUUGCACAGUUGAAGGCUUCAUCACAGCUCUGAUGGAUGAAUAUCCCAUGGCCCUAAGGAAGAGGAAGAAGGUCUUCAUCCUGAUCGUGUGCUUCAUCUCCUACAUCAUCGGCUUCUCCAACAUCACACAGGGUGGUCUGUACGUGUUCAGUCUUUUUGAUUACUACUCCGCCAGUGGGAUGUGUCUCCUCUUCCUCGUCUUCUUCGAAACCAUUUCCAUAUCCUGGUUUUAUGGAGCUGAGAGGUUUUAUGAGAACAUUGAAGACAUGAUCGGCUACCGGCCGUGCGGCUGGUGGAAGCUCUGCUGGAAGUUCUUCACGCCGCUGAUCUGCGUGGGCGUGUUCACCUUCAGCGCCGUCCAGAUGACCCCACUGACCUUGGAGACGUACGUGUACCCGCUGUGGGGCCAGGCGGUGGGCUGGUUCAUGGCUCUGUCCUCCAUGGUGCUGAUCCCGGGCUACGUCACGUACAUGUUCAGCUCCACUAAAGGCAGCGUCAAGCAGCGUUGGCGGAAGAUGACAACUGCCCUGGAGGACAGGAAGCCUUCGGGGCAGGAGGAGUGCACGCACGCAGUGAGCGUAGGCGACGCGCACGUGUAGCCGGGGCGCUUCAGGUUAACGCGAUCUGAUGCCAUUUCAUCUUGAAGCUGUGCUGAAACGUCCAGCAAUAAUUAAAUGAUUCAUUCAUGAGGAGGCACAACAAUGUGGUAAAAACAAGAUGACUCUGUGUGUGAAGAACAAACCAAUGUGAUGCUUAGUCUCCAGCAGGUUGUGCUGUAAAUAUUGAUGGAUAUUUGUUGUCGCUGCAAAUCCAGGCGGACAUUUUAAAAAGUCAACAAGAUGCUGAACGUUUAUGUAAAUAUGGAUAAAGUUGUACAGGCUGUUUACUAUAAGCUGCUUUUCCCCAGUGGAAGUAGACGUAGUUUAAUUCUGUAUAAUGUAUUUAAUAAGUCUUAGCUCACACAGCAGCUUGUUUGAUUUAAAAAUUGUGAGAAGAAACAUGUAAAUACAAUCACUACUUUAGGCACGCUGUGUUUUUAUGAAAUAUAUACAUUCAGUUUGUCAUAUUCUAGGCAUUAUACUGUAAAAUAGCAUGCACUGUAUGAUCUAAUCAUUAAAUAUCUCCAAAAAAGA